AUGAAAUGCACGCGCUGCGAUUCUAAUCAACACCGAUGGGGCAGGUGCCCCGACAGAGAAGCCGAGACGAGCUUGAACCGUCAGUCAGCAAACUAUGUGAACUCGACCGCUAUACGUAAUUCUGGAAAUCUCUACACCAAAACUGUGAUUAUAAACGACACGUCUGUAAACGGAAUCGUCGACACGAGUAGUACGAACGUCCUCCUCCGCGAGUCAGUCGCGUGUCGAGCCGGAGUCACCUACCAGCGCACCAGUCGACCAUUGUACGCUGUAGGCGACGCGAACCAACCAAGCACCAUAACGAUAGGUGAGGCCAAGGUUGACGUCGAUAUAGACGGUGUGUUGGCCGCCGACCAUGAAGUACGCAUCGUCAGCGAUGACGCGUUGCCCGUCGACGUAUUGGUGGGCCAAACGUGGCUUCAACUCCCACACGUACACUUUUAUAAAUGUGGAUCCGAAUUGAUUUUCGAGGCUAACGCCGGGUUGGAAACAACCGAUUGUUCGGUGACGGACUACGAUAACACAUGCAGCUACGUGGCCGAGGUCCGGGCACCGAAACCGAGAGAAACAAUAACCGUCGACGACGUAAGGAUCGACACAUCGGUGACCGCCGAGCAACGUGACGAAUUAAUGACGCUCAUGAACCGAUAUCGCGAUGUCUUCGCCAAGACGCUGGACGAAUUAGGCUGCACGGACGUAGUGAAAAUGGAGAUCGUUGAAACGCCUGAUAGUGCAUCAGUCAGCGCUAAGGCGUACCGUUCGUCGCCGUCCGACAGGCGACUCAUCUCGAAUAUUCUACUCGAAUGGAAAUCAGCUGGCAUCAUUUCAGACUCGACUUCGUCAUAUGCAAGCCCCGUGUUAUUGGUUAAUAAAGCGUCGGGCGAAAGAGACUCUGUGUGGACUCCCGUAAGUUGA